GUCAAUUACAAACCCUGUUCACUCUUCACUCACUAUUACACUCCGUCAGCCAACAUGCGUUUCUCUGCUAUCUCGACUUGCCUCAUGGCCUCAAUGGUUUCUGCUUUCCCUCAGACAAGCAUGGAUCGACUUCAGACAACCGUAAGCAAGCGCGGUGCCGGCGAAGAGCUAGCAUGCAAAGAGGCUUGCCAACUGCUCGACAACUUUCCUCCGCUGGUCAGCUCUUGCGAAGCAGCUUGUGCUGCUGCAGAGGCCAAAGCGAAGCGUAGCGUUGGAGAAGAGCUAGCAUGCGAGCUAGCCUGCCUACCACUUGAAGAAUUCCCCCCGCUUGCUCUUGCUUGCGAAGCAGCUUGUGCCGCUGCAGAUGCGAAGGUGAAGCGUGAUAUAGAGGAUGCUGUCGCUAGCACUGGCGAGGAGUUGGCGUGCGAAGUAGCCUGCCUACCACUUGAGGAAUUUCCACCGCUUGCUAUUGCUUGCGAAGCGGCUUGUGCCGCUGCAUCUUAAGAUGGCUUUGGAGGUGCAGUCUCAAAUUCUUGAGGGCAUGACAUUCCAAGACACAUGCGGGCCACAGUAGGCUUCUAUUGCUCAAAUUCUGAACUUUUGUGAGAAACCAAACGCACCAGUCAUUACUAUAAGAUACAAAUAUAACAGUCAUUA